AUGCUGCGUUCUGUGGCUGCUGCGCUCUUGAGCGCCGCCACCGUCCUCGCCCUCUGCGGCCCGGAGAACCCAUGCCCAGAGAGCUCGCCCUGCUGCUCCCAAUAUGGCGAAUGCGGCAUCGGUGCCUACUGCCUCGGCGGAUGCGACCCUCGAGGCUCCUUCAAGCUCGACGCCUGCGCCCCCGCCCCUGUCUGCUCCGACAAGAAGAUGAAGUUUGACGAAAUCAACAAGACUAGCGUUGAUAUCCUCAAGUACCUUGGUGACGCCAGCAAGGCCGACUGGAUGGUGCAGGGCGAGGUGGUCCAGUACAACGACUACACCCUUAUGACUAUGGCGAAGGACACACCCGGCACUGUCCUGGCCUCAACCGAGUACAUGUGGUACGGCAACGUCAAGGCCACCAUGAAGACCAGCCGCGGGCGCGGUGUCGUCACUGCCUUUAUUCUGCUUUCCGAUGUCAAGGACGAGAUUGACUACGAAUGGGUCGGAGUCGAUCUCGGCACCUCUCAGACCAACUACUACUUCCAGGGCAUUACCGACUACGGCAACUCGGGCAACAUUUCGACCGACGAUACCUUUGGCAGCUGGCACGAGUACGAAAUUCGCUGGACCCCCGACAAGGUUGAGUGGCUGGUCGAUGGCACAACUCACCGCAGCAAGGACCGCAAGGACACUUGGAACAAAACCUCCAACACCUGGGCCUUUCCGCAGACGCCCGCUCGCAUCCAACUCUCCAUCUGGCCUGGCGGCAAGGCUAGCAACCCUCCUGGUACCAUCAACUGGGCUGGUGGUGUCAUUUCGUGGGACCACCCCGACGUAAAGAACAACGGUUACUACUACGCUGCUGUCAAGUCUGUCGAGAUCGAGUGCUACAAGGGCAAAAAUGACGGCAACAGCUACAUUUACACGGACGCCAAAGGCACCAACGACACCAUCAAGAUGACCGACAAGAGCACCAUUCUGGGCUCGUUUGACGCCACCGGCCUAAACAUGGACGCUGGCAAAUCCGAGCCUGACAAGCCCAAGUCUACCCAGGCUUCCGUUCCUGGCGGCGGCAUCCCCGGCAAAAACGACCACGGUGACGAUAGCUCCAGUGGCGGCGGCACCGGCGGCGGCGGCUCCGGCUCCGGUAACACUCCUGCGCAGGGCCUAGACCCCAAGACCUGCGAUCCCAAGACGUUCAACCAAGAUUGCAGCACCACCGGCAGCACCACCGGCGGCAACGGCAACUCGAAAUCCGGCGGCAAGAGCUCCGGCUCGCAAACGCAGGCCAGCAUCUUGGCCAUUGUCAUUGCGGGUGCCGCUCUCCUCUGGCUGUAA